UGUUACAUCAACAUUUAGUUUACACUUUAUCUAUCUCUCCUCUCUCCCUCUCUCUCUUUUGCUCUCCCUCUCUGUGUAAUAUCUAUCUGUUGUUGGCUGGUUUCAAUGGCACCCAUGAGCCUCCCUCCUGGUUUCAGGUUCCAUCCUACAGACGAAGAGCUUGUUGCUUAUUAUCUUGAUCGAAAAAUUACAGGUCGCACUAUUGAGCUUGAAAUUAUCCCAGAGAUUGAUCUCUACAAGCAUGAACCAUGGGAUUUACCAGACAAGUCAUAUUUGCCUGGGAAAGAUAUGGAGUGGUAUUUUUUUAGCCCUAGGGAUAAGAAAUAUCCAAAUGGGUCAAGAACUAACCGGGCAACAAGAACCGGUUACUGGAAAGCCACCGGAAAAGACAGAACGGUGCAAUCUCACAAACGGUCAGUUGGGAUGAAGAAAACUUUGGUUUAUUAUAAAGGUAGGGCUCCCCAUGGCAUUCGAACUAAUUGGGUCAUGCAUGAAUAUCGUUUACUUGAAUCCUUGUGCGGCACUGCUUCUUCUUCUUUAAAGGAUUCUUAUGCAUUAUGUCGCGUGUUCAAGAAAUCAAUACAAGUUUCUAAAACAACAGAACAAGGAAAUAAUAAUGAAUUGCAGAAGGAAACAAUGGCAGGGGUCUCUGAUGAGCAAAUGUUAGGAGAUGACACAAGUGGGAUUGAAAGUUCCCACGGAAGAGAAGCCGAAGAUGAAUAUUUCAAUUACUCUAAUAAUAAAUUGCCAUCUGAUACUUCUUCUUCAGAUUUCACUAGAGGAACUCCCACUGAAACUGUCGGCACAACUGAUGAUUUACAAGCUCCAUUUGUCUCUGACGAAGCCAACAGUGCAGCUAAUAUGUAUUCACUUGGCGUCGACUUCUCUUCCAAUCUAAUUCAGGAAAUGCAAAUGCCGAAUAUGUAUGCAGAAGACCUUCAAUAUCCGUGCCCUUACCCACCAUUAGAAGUAGAAGACUUCCCACAAAUAAACAUAGCGGAGACAAAGCCAUCAAAGCUUGAGCAUUUGGAAGAGAGCUUGAUACACGAUAAAUAUUGUAGGGAUUACAUGAAUGGGACACUGGAAGAGAUUUUCUAUUUGUGUGCUUCUCAAGACAAUUCCAUGGCCCUCCCCAUGCAAGAAUGAAUAAUCAUCACAUUACUAACAAAUUAAAUGAUAUAGCUUUUAUACUUGUUUUUCUUAAUGUCUCAUACAUAAACAUAUAUGUAUGCUACUUAAAUUUAUACUUAGAAUAUAUUGACGAAACAAAUUUAAGGUUA